AUGUUCCAAAAUUCAUCCGAAAUCACAGAUUACAUCACAUUUCCUGAACACCAAUCAUUAUUAGACUGCAUUUCACCAUCAUUACUCAACUCAUUGGCCAUAAUUGAAGAAAUUUAUUUAAGAUCACAAGUUUUAUCUCAAAAAUUCAUAGAAGUUUACGCGAAAAAGUUGCCAACAUAUUUCGACAAAGAGAAUGCAUUGGAACAAAUCACGAUGUUCACAUAUGUUUGUGUUGUAAUUUUCCAAUCUUUCCCUGUUUACAUCAAUCCGCAAGCAUUAUGGAACAAUAUCAUCUUUUCUGGCCAUUACACAGCAUUUAAUCCAUCAGAAACAUAUCUUUUCCUUAAUAAUUUCAGACAAUUAUAUAUCAGAUUUCUUGUUGAACCUCAAAAAUGCACUUGUUCAUACUUUUUCAAACGAGCAGCUGAAUAUCCAUUGAUAUUUGCCGAAAUGGUGCAUAGAUUGAUCCAAUAUUCUCUUCAUAAAUACAUUGAUCCUGCAAAAGCAGCACAAAUAACUGUUGGAUUAAUGAAUCCGCUCAUUCAAUACAGAGACAUGGAAUAUACGGAGCCAAUAAUCAAAGCUCGUAAAGCAGUAAUUACUUUUUUAAUAAGAUGUUUCAGACAAAAAGAAACUGCAUAUGCUUUCUUCGUUAAUAAGGAUUUCUUGAGAAAAGCUUUUUGUCUUUUCUUUGAAAAUUCUUUAGUCAAAGGAAUUUUGUCAAUUUUCUUUAAUUACAUCAAUUCUUCUCAAAAAAUUGAGAACAUUACAGAAAUUGUAGAAAUUAUCAAUGAAUUUGUUAUGAAUGUUUUUCAGAAGAUGCCGACAUCUGAAGGCUUGAAGUUAUUAGUAUCAUUUCUUAAGGAAUUAAAUGAUUCGUUGAUGUAUAAACCACAAUACGUCAACAACUUCAUUUCUUUGAUUGAAUUACUCUGUAAAAAAGUCAUUACUCUUGGUGAUGACGUUGACAGAGAAGAUAUCUUGAUACAAGUUAUAUCAUUAAUGGCUGUAACUUCUCAUGAACACUCUAUAAAGAUAAGAGAAUUAACAGCAAUUGAAGCAGCAAUUUUGAGUUUGAAUAAUAAUAAUCCCAAAAAUGAUAUAAUGAUAAAACUUGCACAAAUCAUUGCAAAAAGACCUUUAUCUUUUGUAUUACCUAAUUUCGAUAUCCAACAACCAAAUGUUUUGAUAUUAUUCUUAAGAAUUUAUUUGAAAUCGGAAAAAUUAAUGGAUGUCAUUAAUUUUUUGAUAAAUUUAUGCGAUUUUUCACCAGAAAAUUGUACAAAAUGCCACGAUGGAGACUUGGAUAUAUUUAUAAUUGAUGUAAUUGACCAAUGGAGGAUAAAUGGUGGAAUAUCAAAUGAAAUUGUCAAUAGAAUGCUUGAUCUCCUCCUUAAAAUUAUUUUAGUAACUGCUUCUGUUUCUGUGAUGCAAAAAUUCUUUUCACUUUUUUGUCCAAUAAACGGACAAAAUCUUCCUUAUUACUUCUCUGACAUUAUUUCCACUUUUAAUAGAGCACUAAUCAGUGUAAACAAGAGUCCUUUGGCUUAUAUCAUGGUUGAUAAUAAUUCAUCUGCAAAAAUUCAUGGAGUUAAUGCUGACAAUUUAAAUAACGGUUUGACAUUUUCUUUCUGGUUUUAUCCAAUACAAAAUAAUGUUGUUACAUGGAAACAAUAUUUGUUUAUUUGCCAAGAUUCAAAUGGACAUUGUUUGAAACUGAUUUUGCAGAACAAAACAUUGAUUGUAAGAUUGCAAAAAGGAUAUGAUCAUUAUAAAGGAACUUUUGAACUUCAUUAUUCUAAUUUAAUGUGGCAAUUGAUAAGUAUUAGUUAUAAAAUAGGUAAUGAUGAUGAUAUCGGAUGUAGUUUUACUUGUUUCAUCAAUGGAAAGAUGUCAAAAAGAUUAAAUAGAUUCCCUAUGAUCGAAUUCAAGAAUCCUUUGAAUGUUUUGAUAAAUGAAUGUUCAAAGAACAGACCAAUUAUGGAAAAACCAUGUAGAAUUGGUCAGAUUAUUUUGACAAGUGAACUGAAUUUGAAUGAGAUGCAAACAAUUGUCGAUGAUGGUCCAAGAGGGCUCCAAACAAUGCCAUUGAGUUUGAUCUUCGCAAUUGAAGGCGUAGAAAAUAACGGUUAUUUCGGUUUUGUAAACAAAUUUACAAAAGGAAUAACAAUUGAAUCCAAACUUAAAAACGUAAGAGAAGAUACAAGAUUCGCAUUGAUUUUGGUCAAUAUGGUCAAAAUUGAAAAUAUUAUUCCACUUUUUGCCUUAAUUAACCUCACUUCACCUCAAAAUGAAAAAGUGCCAUUUUUACUUGAAAACUUUAUUGACAUUCUCAAAAAUAUUUUGUUGUUAGGACAAAUGGCACAAAACUAUUUCGUAGAAGCAAACGGUUUCUCAAUAAUUUCUCAUCUUUUGACAAAAAGUGACACUUCAAAUUUGACAUACAAGAUUUACUUGAGAUUUUAUGAUUUACUACAAGUUAUCACCAAAACAAGUUUACAGAAACAGUUGUAUGAUGAAAUAUUAUUGAAUGAAAACCUAUGGAUUUUGGCAACACCUAAAAAUCAUUUGAUGAUUUUGAGACAUUGGGCGAGAAUCAUUUCUGAUGAGAAUUUAAUCACAGAAAUCAAAACAUUAAGAUAUUUCUUGUAUGUCCUCAAAAAAUUCUAUUAUUUCAAACCGUCGGACGAUAGUUUUAUCGUUAAAGAAAGGCCGCAAAAUUUAAGUAUUGAUGAUUGCAGGAGAAGUAUCUAUGAAGUUAUGACAUUUUUAGUCAGCCAACAAAAAUUUGACGAUUUUGAUUUCAAAGCAAUUGAUUUCAAUGCAAUGAUAUCUGAAGAGGAAGAAAGUUUAAGUUUAUUGAGUUAUUUAAGUAACUUAGUUUUCUCUCAUGAAACUCCUUCUUAUUUUUACGAAAUUUGCUUUAACAACCUCAAGUUAUUGUAUAAAUUUAUCGAAGAAAGUCAUGAUGCAAAAGUUUUGUUGACAAUUAACGUGAUUUCUGAAAUAUUUAAACGGAUUCCUGAAAAAAGAGAUAAAUUAAAAGUGACAGUAAUUGAAUGCAUGAAAUUGUUAGAUGUUAAUGUAAUUUCUCAAUCAUUUUUCACUCAAAUUUUAUCGUUGACAAACGGCGGUUUCCCUGAAUUUUUACCUUUAGUUAUUUGGUCGGCAAUUAAUUGUGGAAAAUCAACAGCGAUGGAUUUAAUAAAAUCCUUGAAACCGAAUGCAUUUUACAAGACAGAUUUAACAAGUUUGUUUUGGUCAAUUGUUUUGUUGUAUUUUGUUGAAAAAAGUGACAGACAAACCGUUAUUUCAUUUUUGUUACAGAUAUUUAAUGAUAAUUGGAAAGAUUUAUUCUUCACUUUGCAAGCAGUUGGAUUAGGAUUUAAAGUUAAGAAGACAAUGGAAGAAUUAAGAUUUUUGUUUGUUAAAAUGAUUUUGGAAAAAGUUGAUGACAAAAAUCUUAAUGAUAUUUUUGUUAUUUCUUCUCAUUUUAUUUUGUUCCACCAACAAUCUUCUCAUUUCAUUUCUUCUGAGUUUGAAAACCAAAAAGUUUUUGCCGUGAAAUCAAAGAAAAGAGAUGUAAUUUCAUUUUCUAAACCUAAAAAUGAAGAAGAAAUCUUAGAUGAUUAUUUUAAAGGAACAAAUGUGAAGAAAACCAUUUCUUUGUCUAAUAUAAGUCAUUUUGUUGAUGAAAACAAGACUUUGUCAUUAAAUAUCAAUAACAAAAACCAAUGGAAAGAUGAAGAUUUCGCAAAAAGAUUAUUACAAAUUUUGUUGAAUAAUCCAAAACAAGAAUUUGUUAAUUUCAUUUUAAUUUUAUCGUAUUUCAUGAGGAAAAAUCAAUUGAAAAAUUCUAAUUUAACAUUCUUGACACCAUUGGAUUCAAUACAACCUUUCUUUGAAUCAAAAGAAGAAUUACAAUUCUCUGCAGCUUUAAUUGAUCCAAAAGUGACAUAA